AUGCGCGACUGUCCUAAACGCUUGAAUGCCAAAGCAAAUGCCCUAGUGGUGCAGGGCACGUCCAAGGACACUGAUGAAGGUACCAUGGGCCUUAACUCUAUGCUGUUGUUGAACCAAGUUCAGAAAGUCCCUGUUGCAUGUGACGGCUUGAUGUAUACCAAGGUGGCCAUAGGGAACAAAGAUAUCAUGGCCUUGGUGGAUUGCGGUGCUACCCACAGCUUUGUGAAUGAGGAGUAUGCCCGUAAGUUGUGCCUUGCUGUCGAGCCUCACGAGGGAAAGAUGAAAACUGUUAAUGCUCAAGGUGAACCAAUCAAGGGUGUGGCCCAAGUCGAGAUGCAAGUUGGGCCUUGGAAAGGAUUGUGUGCGUUGCACAUUGUCCCUCUUGAUGAUUUUGCAAUGAUUCUCGGAAUGGAUUUCAUGAAGAAGGCGAAACCCAUCCUCCACCGCGACCAACCUCUGCGAAUAGGCCCAACUUCUGGUGAUUCGCACGCCUGCAACUCCGGCGACCUUCUCUGCGCAACCCUCGCCGUGUACCAGCAGACCAUCUCCGAUGACGCCACCCUCGACCACCGCGAGCUGCUGACGCUUUCGUCGUUGCUCCUCCAUGAGUAG